GGUGAUUUUUCUGAAAAGGCCCUUUCCGUGGCACACUCCGUCGCAGUGAGGUCGACCAUGUGAACUCCAGUUCAGCUUCCGAAGUGGGACGAUGGCCACGGUCGUGGCCAGCGGGAGUGGGCUGUCAGGUCAGCGGCAGCCCCCUGAUUCCCUCGCAAAUACAGUAGUUACUAGGAAAGUGAAAGGAGGACACAUAGAUGUGCACCCGUCGGAAAAGGCACUCAUCGUUCACUAUGAAGUGGAAGCUACCAUUCUUGGGGAAAUGGGGGAUCCCAUGCUGGGCGAACGGAAGGAAUGUCAAAAAAUCAUUCGCCUGAAGAGCCUCAAUGCAAACACAGAUAUCAGUUCUCUGGCUCGGAAGGUGGUGGAAGAAUGUAAGCUCAUUCAUUCCUCCAAACUAGCAGAGGUGGAACAGCUGCUGUACUACCUGCAAAACCGCCGAGAUGCCGCCUUUUCAGGUAAAGAGAAAAAGGAGAAAUCCACCAAGCCAAAGGAUCCACCUCCCUUUGAAGGAACAGAGAUCGACGAACUUGCCAAUAUCAACGACAUGGACGAGUACAUUGAAUUGCUGUACGAAGAUAUCCCUGACAAGGUGCGCGGCUCUGCUCUUAUCCUGCAGCUGGCUCGUAAUCCUGAUAACCUGGAAGAACUACUUCUCAAUGAAACUGCCCUCGGUGCAUUAGCCAGAGUAUUGAGAGAAGACUGGAAGCAAAGUGUGGAAUUGGCUACUAACAUAAUUUAUAUUUUCUUCUGCUUUUCCAGUUUUUCCCAGUUUCACGGAUUAAUCACUCACUAUAAAAUUGGAGCGCUGUGUAUGAAUAUCAUCGACCAUGAGUUGAAAAGACACGAGCUCUGGCAGGAGGAGCUCUCGAAGAAGAAGAAGGCUGUGGAUGAAGAUCCUGAGAACCAAGCCCUGAAAAAGGAUUAUGAAAAAACCUAUAAGAAGUAUCAGGGGCUGGUGGUGAAGCAGGAGCAGCUCUUGAGAGUGGCUCUCUAUUUGCUUCUGAAUCUCGCUGAAGACACCCGGACAGAACUGAAGAUGCGAAACAAAAACAUAGUUCAUAUGCUAGUGAAGGCACUAGAUCGCGACAACUUCGAGCUCCUUAUUCUGGUGGUGUCUUUUCUAAAGAAACUGAGCAUUUUUAUGGAGAACAAGAAUGACAUGGUGGAAAUGGAUAUUAUUGAAAAACUAGUGAAAAUGGUGCCUUGUGAGCAUGAAGACCUGUUGAACAUAACCCUCAGGCUUUUACUAAACCUCUCGUUUGACACCGGCCUAAGGAAUAAGAUGGUACAAGUCGGACUGCUCCCCAAACUCACGGCACUUCUAGGAAACGAAAGCUACAAGCAGAUAGCAAUGUGUGUUCUCUACCACAUAAGUAUGGAUGACCGUUUUAAAUCGAUGUUUGCUUAUACUGACUGCAUCCCACAGAGCAGCGCGCGAGGAUCGGCCCACAUGUUUUCCACCACGGUUGUCCCGCUUGGCCCCGCUUUGAUCUCCACGCUUCUUUUUAGCCGAAUGCUGCUAAUGAAGAUGCUCUUUGAAUGCUCAGAUGAACGCAUUGACCUGGAGCUCAUUUCCUUCUGCAUUAAUCUUGCCGCCAACAAAAGGAAUGUCCAACUUAUUUGUGAGGGAAAUGGACUGAAGAUGCUCAUGAAGAGAGCCCUGAAGUUCAAAGAUCCACUGCUGAUGAAGAUGAUUAGGAACAUUUCACAGCACGAUGGGCCAACGAAGAAUCUGUUUGUUGAUUAUGUUGGAGAUCUCGCAGCCCAAAUCUCUAAUGAUGAAGACGAAGAAUUUGUAAUAGAAUGCCUGGGGACACUUGCAAAUCUGACCAUACCCGACUUGGAUUGGGAACUUGUACUCAAGGAAUACAAGCUGGUCCCGUACCUUAAGGAUAAACUGAAACCAGGUUCUGCGGAAGAUGACCUCGUUUUAGAAGUGGUUAUAAUGAUCGGAACCGUAUCCAUGGAUGAUUCGUGUGCGGCCCUGUUAGCCAAAUCAGGGAUCAUUCCAGCCCUCAUUGAAUUGUUGAAUGCUCAGCAAGAAGAUGACGAAUUUGUGUGCCAGAUUAUCUAUGUCUUCUAUCAGAUGGUCUUCCACCAAGCCACUCGAGAUGUUAUCAUUAAAGAGACACAGGCUCCAGCUUAUCUUAUAGACCUGAUGCACGAUAAAAAUGCCGAGAUCCGUAAAGUCUGUGAUAACACAUUAGAUAUUAUAGCGGAAUAUGAUGAAGAAUGGGCCAAAAAAAUCCAGAGUGAGAAGUUCCGCUGGCACAACUCCCAGUGGCUGGAGAUGGUGGAAAGUCGCCAGAUGGAUGAGAGUGAACAAUUCUUGUAUGGGGACGAUCGGAUUGAGCCAUAUAUCCAUGAAGGCGAUAUUCUAGAAAGGCCAGACCUUUACUACAGCUCCGAUGGACUUCUAGCCCCCGAAGGAACAGUGAGUCCAGAGUUCUUCAAUGAAUUUCACCUGCAAAAUGGAGAUCUGGUGGGACAGCACUCAUUCCCAAGCAGCUUUAACCUUGGAGUGGAUGGAUUUGGCCAGCCAGUUGGCAUUCCCGGACGCCCUCCCACCGCGUAUGGAUUUCGCCCCGAUGAACCAUACUACUACGGCUAUGGAGCUCGAUAAAGCCACCCACUCCCCAGUCCCCCUUUUGCUGUUUCCCGGUAGCAUACUCUGUGUGUGUGUAUGUGUGUAUGUGUCUGUGUGCCUAUCCAACUUUGGACCUCGAUCUGGUAAUGCAUGCUGAUACCACCGCAGGUCUUUGUGAUGUUUUCCUUUAUCGGGGUGUCAUUAGCUGCGGGAUGAGCCCGGGUCCUUCACCCUCUUGUUAGUCCUGCCGACGGUGAUCCCGCUCACCCGUUAGGUGGACGGAAUCGCCUGUCUCUUGGGGCCGUCCAGAAUUUACCACAAGACUUGAAAACGAAUGUUUAAGAAGCGAUACAACUGGAAAGGAGAAUGACAUCUGUUGAGUGGCUAAUUUAAUUUCUAUUAAAGACACGAGGCACGCGCCGAUGCUGACGACUGAGUAAAGGCCGUGCGUUUUUAAUGAACUGCAUGUCGCUUGGAAUCCUCCGCUCCUGGGGUGUCUCGGGUGAGCGGCUUGUCUGCUGUGCACACAGUAAGCGCUCAAUAAAUACGAUUGAUUGAAUGAA